AAGUCCUGUCGCAGCCGAAAAUUUUAGAGGCUUAUCGUCGUGACAGCGGAUCAUCACUGGCGAAAAAAAAAGCCAAUUCCGGCUCAAGAAAGGGGACGUCGCCUGAUCGCCGCACCAAGCGAAAAAAUAAAAUAAAAACGAUCUCUUUCUAUAAUCUCCACAAUUCAUCAUGGCACAAGGUGGUUUGAAGAAAGCUGCAGCUCCUCAGAAGAAAAAGACCAAUCACAAGCAAGUCAAGAUGAAGAAGGGAGCAAGAACUAUUGCUCCCAAGCAAGCGGUGCUUGUGAAACAGAGAACCAUUCAAAAGAAAUUGACGGCACAAAUCAACAAAAACAUUGAGCGACAAAUGUCGGUGAAAGCCAACGCCGUGGGCAAACUCACCAUUAUGAAGAAAUUGGCCGACGAGGCCGCAGCCGAAGACAGCAAGAAGAAAAAGAAGAAAUAAUCCAACUCCUCACAUCGUCCUCGCUACCAUCACUAUUUCAUCCUUCCCUUUGAUCACCCUGCCAAAACAACCAUCAUUUAUUCCGAUUUCACAAAAUUCAUUCCAAGCCUUUUUGGUUUCCAUGUUACUUUCAAAAAAAACCAUUCCAUCUUUGUGCACCUGUCGGGCAUUUCUUUUUUUUUUUUUU